AUGGCGUGCCGGUACGAGAGGCUGGAGGAGCCGCCGAAGGAGCUGCCGAGCACCGUGCACAACCUCAGCAUCGCCGGCAGCAACCUGAGCGUGCUGCAUCGCGCCGCCUUCGCUGCCCGCCCGCUGCCAGACCUCCGCCUGCUCCGCUUGCGCCACGAUAACAUCCAAAUCAUCGAGGACAUGGCUCUCCAAGGGUUGCCCGCCCUACGUACCCUCGACCUGAGCCACAACCCGCUGCUCUCGGUGGCCGCCGGCGCUUUCGCUGGCGUGCCACUGCUGCAUACGCUGCAGCUGAACCAAGCGCUGCUGGCCGCCCCGUUGGAGGAGCAGCUCGCCUUGGCCCUGCGCAACAUCAGCCUGCGGCGUUUGGAGUUGGCGGGCAACUCGCUGCGGGCGCUGCCGGCCGCCCUGCUGCCCGGGCUGGCGUGCACGGCCGCCGAGGGCGGUGAGCCCGGUCAGCUGGAGACGGCCUCUUACGUCUUCUUUGGCAUCGUGCUGGCCCUCAUCGGCAUUGUCUUCCUCAUGGUGCUCUACCUGAACCGCCGCGGCAUCAAGCGUUGGCUGCACAACCUGCGCGAGGCUUGCCGCGACCAGAUGGAGGGCUACCACUACCGCUAUGAGCAGGACGCCGAUCCCCGCCGUACCAGCGCCAUCGGCACCCCCGGCCUCUGA